AUGCCCUCAAUCUACACCCUCAAUCAUGGCGACGCCGGCAGGGAACGGCAGCGCCUUGACCUUCAACAUGACGUCUUCAAAGAUAUCACUCGUGGUGAUCUUCCUCCCGUCAUUUGGCAGCAUCUGAAGUCUGUCUCAGCCCCCAAAGUCGCAGACGCAAACACAGGAACUGGGAUAUUUCUCAAGGAGCUUGCUGCCAGAGUGACCGAGGAGGCACAGCUUGACGGGUUCGACAUUGACACAAGGAAAUUCCACGAAACUACUUCCUUGCCGGCAAAUGUCAAGUUACAGUAUGGCAACGUGCUAGAACCCUUUCCGAAACAGUAUUUGGGAAUAUAUGAUUUGGUACAUGUGAAGUUACUGUAUGCAGCGCUGAAGAAGAAUGAGUGGCUUCAAGCUGUAAAGAAUCUCAAGACACUGCUCAAGCCGGAUGGAUACCUGUUCUGGUCCGAGAUAGGAGCCUAUGGAUACGCCAGUAACCCAUACUCGGCUGCCCUCCAUGAGUGGAAGAGGAUCGAGUCUGCAGCGGCCGUCAAAUUCGGACGUGACCCCAAGUGCCCCGUCCUUUUACAAAGUCAAUUUCGAGAAGCUGAUUUACAACAAGUAGACGAAAAGGUCUUCGUCAUGCUGGGAAGACCUGAUCUGACCCCAGUCAUCACCAGAGUGGCUUUGGAGUACAUGGCACAAAGCCUCCACGGUAUUUUGUUAGUGGAUCGGGACGAGAGCCUGGGGCUGACUGAGAGCGGGAUAGAAUCACUCGUUGAAACGCUCACUAAGGAGACUGAGGACGGAGUCGAGGUGGGAACUAACUUGCACUGGGUCUGGGGUCAGAAUAAUGGCAUGCCGUGCUAG